AGCAGCACUCCUUGUUCGACGCCCUCGCUCGGCAGGCCGUGCUUGUUCUUUCCGAGUUUCUUUUCGUCGUCGCAUGACGACACUUCUGCUGAACACAUUCGCGUUUGUCGGGGUCUAGGCCCACCACAGCGAGUCGCCUUUGUCCAGACCGCGGCAAAUAUUUGCUCGGCGCGUGCUUUUCCUCGCAGCCUCAGCGGGGACUUCGCUCUCGUGUGUGUCCGGAGAGCAGCACUUCUGUUGCCACUCAACCGUCGGGAGCUGUAUGGUGUCCUAAACAGACUCCACUGUCCUCCGAUUUUCGCGUCGAUCCCUCUUUUUGAGACUCCAGUUCACUAAUCAAUCACCAUUACGCCGACCACAGCAAGCCAGCCGAAAGGGUGGCAGUCUAAGGCCCAGUUGACAACAUCAUCCAGGCUUCCAGCACCGCCUGUUGUUAGCAUCCACAACAACAACUGGCGCCUUGUCCUCAACGGAGAUCCUCCCUGGGCCACCCUAGAAGGCUGAGACUAGUUGUGCUUACACUCUAAUUUUAAGAGCCCCAAAAACGCUUAUCUUCACAUAUAGUUUAUACAUCUUGUUGUCUGUUCAUAUCAACUACCAACUCUACAACCAUGAAAUUCGAAGAAAACAUCAACCUUCUGGAGCCAGACCGCUCCGUGUGGCAGGUGAUCGAACAGAUUGCCCACUCUGAGAUGCAAGAAGAGGCAUUCUACGUUCUGGACAUCGGAGACAUUGUGCGCAAACACAAGGAGUGGAAGCUCAAACUUCCCAAAGUGGAGCCUCAUUACGCCGUCAAGUGUAAUGACAGCAUGAUGGUGCUGGAAGUCUUGAACUCGCUCGGAACCAGUUUUGACUGUGCCUCCAAGGCCGAAAUCGCCAAGGUGCUGCAACUUGGGGCGGACCCUGGCAAGAUCAUUUUCGCCAACCCUGUCAAGCAGGCGUCCCACGUGCGUUACGCCGCCAACACCGGCGUCACCACCAUGACCUUUGACAACGAGACCGAGCUGCACAAAAUCAAGUCUCUCUACCCCUCAGCCAAAUUGGUAAUUCGCAUCCGCUGCGACGCGACUGCUGCUCAGUGCCCUCUGGGCAUGAAAUUCGGGGUCGAGGUUGACGAAGCUCCUUCCCUGCUUGAGGCUGCCUACGCUCUUGGCCUUGACGUAAUUGGCGUCAGCUUCCACGUGGGCUCUGGCUGCUCUGACGCACCAGUCUUCAAUCGAGCCAUCAGAGCAGCCAAGGAUCUCUUUGAAGAUGCCAAACGCAUCGGCUUUGACUUCUCUUUGCUUGACAUCGGUGGUGGAUUUCCCGGCAACAAAGGCUCCUCCAUCGACAAGAUUGCUGAUGUUGUCAACUCGGCCCUGGACGAGUACUUCCCUGACGAGUGUGGCGUCCGCGUCAUUGCCGAGCCAGGCCGUUUCUACGUGGCCUCUGCCUACACCCUGGCCACUCUUAUCCAUUCCAAGCGUCAGGUCAAGAAUGAGGGGGGCACCUACUCCUACAUGUACUACAUCAACGACGGAGUCUACGGAAGCUUCAACUGCCUGCUCUACGAUCAUGCUGUCGUCACUCCAAUUCCACUCAAAGACACUGUUAACAUGAAGAAGCAAGCCCUCGGCACCAUCUGGGGUCCUACGUGCGAUGGACUGGACCAAGUGACUGGUCCCCUGAUGCUGCCCGAAAUGGAGAUCGGCGAGUGGUUUGUGUUCCAGAACAUGGGUGCUUACACCCUACCUGUUGCCAGCACCUUCAACGGAAUGCCUGUGCCAAAAGUCCAUGCAGUUGCCAACGAAAGCACUAUCCUCAUGCUGAGGGACAUGUGCAACCUGAACAAGGAUGAAUUUGGCACCAGCAAUUUGUCUAACGACCUGCUGGCAGGACUCAACUUGAGUGAGCCAAAUCGUUUCCUAUCAGAUCAGCAGUCCAACUCUUCGUCGCUCGCAAGCUUCCCACUCAGCUUCUCAUCCGACAGCUACAUGGAUGACUUUGUGGAGCCGGUAAACUGAUUGUUAGGGAAUCUUUUGGUUUUGUACUUGCUUACAAGAUGUAUUAUCAAAUCAUUCUUUGCCUAUUUUACUCCUCGAUACGUUUGGUUCACUCGUGGUCCAGAGAAAUAUCAUGUAAUCUGUUUUGCAACUAACAAUAAAUUAUUGAUGGUAUUUGAUGAAAGCAAAAAAUGUUUAU